UUUUACAUGUAAGGCAUACUGGCUUCGUGACGCUAAGCAAACCGUGCAGCAAGCGCUGUUGCUGAUUUCCUUUUGCAGUCAUAACUGAGACACUCAAUUAUACCAGUGCUCCUCGCUACAAAAGACCUUUUUCUCAAGAAUUUAUAAUCUCAAGCUUCGAGAAAAUAUCAGGAGAGGAUAUUUGAAUAGGUCCAGAAGUGCACAGUAUUAACUGAGUGAAUAGCACGUACAUGUUUUUUUCAAGUGGUUAAUUCAAAAAUUAUGAAAAGCAAGAUUUUCGGACAUGUUUGGCGUUAUAAAGUGUUAUCCCAUGUUAUUGCUGGGGAUGGAGACGACGACGUGGAAUUCGAAAGGACAUCACACAUGGUGCAAGUCCCCAGGACUCCCCAUACACCGGGCAAUACAUAUCUUUCAAAAGUCAAAAUGAAAAUUAAUGGAAUGAGCUGUCAGAGCUGCGUCAACAACAUUGAGAGAACAGUCGGUGCUAAACAAGGCGUGAAUAGCAUCAAAGUACUUCUUGAUGACAAGACUGGCUAUGUAGAUUACGAUCCAAGAGAAACAUCUGCUGGUGAACUAAUAAACGCGGUCAAUGACAUGGGUUUCGAGGCUUCCUUAGACGAAGUUGAAUCACCAAACCCUCGAAAUGAGUUGAAAUGUUUCAUUCACGUUGAUGGUAUGACAUGUCAGUCAUGUGUGAAAAGCAUUACUGACAUGAUUCUAGGAAAACCGGGUAUCCUGGACAUCAACGUCUCCCUCAGCGACAAAGAAGCAAAAGUGCGUUACACUGGUGAUUUAGUAACAUCAGAUCAAAUAGUAUUUUACAUCGAGGAGAUGGGGUUUGAUGCAUUUGUAAAGGAAAUUGAUGGCCAACCCCUGUCAGCGGGAACUACAGUUCAGUUGAAAGAUCUAGCAAAAGCACCGGAAAUUGUAAGCAACGGUCGACUCUAUGAUACGGGCAAAGUGAAAGAAGACAUUGCCAAGUGUUUUCUCCAAAUAAAAGGUAUGACUUGUGCUUCCUGUGUAGCCGCUAUCGAGAAACACUGCAAAAAGAUAUACGGUGUUGAUGGUAUUUUGGUUGCUUUGAUGGCAGCAAAAGCAGAAGUGAAGUAUUAUCCAAACAAAAUUCGACCACUUGAUAUUGCAUCAAGUAUUACAGAGCUUGGAUUUCCUACAACAGUGGUUGAUGAGCCUGGCACUGGUGAGGCUGAGGUCGAGCUUCAAAUUUCAGGGAUGACUUGUGCAUCAUGUGUGAAUAAAAUUGAAUCAACAGUAUCACAAAUGCCUGGAGUUAAAUCAGCACUUGUGGCCCUGGCAACACAACGUGGUAAAUUUCGUUAUGAUUCCGCUGAGACUGGUGCUCGUGACAUAAUUGAAAGAAUUAAUAAAAUCGGUUUUACCGCUAGUUUAUUCAAUAAUAAAGAUAAAGAUAACAGAGAUUAUCUCAAUCAACAAGUUGAAAUUAGAAAAUGGAGAUCAGCAUUUCAGAUAUCAUUGAUUUUCGGGGUACCUAGUAUGAUAAUCAUGACUUACUUCAUGCUGGUAAUGUCAAUUGAGAAGAAAAGCCACGAGGAUAUGUGCUGCGUCAUACCAGGAUUAUCGUUGGAGAAUUUGUUGCUUUUUAUUUUUUCUACACCUGUGCAAUUUUUUGGUGGCUGGCAUUUUUACGUACAAGCAUAUCGUGCCCUCAAGCACGGUACAACGAACAUGGAUGUUCUAAUUUGCAUGACUACAACGAUAUCCUACGUUUACUCUGUGUGUGUCCUAAUUGCAGCAAUGAUCAUGCAGGAGCACAUGAGUCCUGUAACAUUUUUCGAUACUCCACCGAUGUUACUGGUAUUUAUCAGUCUUGGAAGAUGGCUAGAGCAUGUGGCGAAAGGAAAAACAUCUGAAGCACUAUCAAAAUUACUUUCACUGAAUGCUGUUGAUGCUGUUCUUGUGACUCUCGGCCCUAACAAUGAAAUUCUAUCGGAGCGUUUGAUAGGUUUGGACCUUGUACAACGUGGUGAUAUUCUAAAAGUUGUUCAGGGCUCCAAAGUUCCAGUGGAUGGCAGAGUCUUAGCUGGACAAUCAGCCUGUGACGAGAGUCUCAUAACUGGGGAGAGUAUGCCAGUACCUAAAAAGCCUGGCUCUGUUGUUAUUGGGGGAUCCAUUAAUCAAAAUGGUCCACUUCUUAUGACUGCCACACAUACUGGAGAACAUACAACAUUAGCACAAAUAGUCCGACUAGUUGAGGAGGCACAAACGAGUAAGGCACCAAUUCAACAGUUGGCGGACAAAGUUGCUGGUUAUUUUAUUCCACUAGUCAUAGCUGUAUCUGCCUUGACAUUACUAGUGUGGACCAUUCUUGGAUACGUUAGCACACAACAUUUCCCCGGGGAAAAAGAUGAGACUGGUAGAAACCGCGAAGAGAUUAUCUUCCAAUAUGCAUUUAGGUGUGCUCUCUCUGUACUUGCCAUUGCUUGUCCAUGUGCUCUUGGUUUAGCUACACCAACGGCAGUUAUGGUUGGUACUGGUGUUGGUGCUCUCAAUGGAAUAUUAAUCAAAGGUGCUGAAUCCCUUGAGAAUGCACACAAAGUUAAAUGUAUUGUCUUUGACAAAACUGGCACUCUCACCCACGGUACGCCAGUUGUAAGCAGCAUUUGUAUGUUUGUCAAUGAAAACGUUUGUUCACUUGGAAAAUUACUGGCCAUUGUUGGUACUGCUGAAGUGAAUAGUGAACAUCCAAUUGCUUCUGCAAUUGUCAAAUAUGUGAAAGAGACAAUUGGCAGUGACGCAAGCGGACAGUGCAGUAAUUUUCAAGCGGUGGCUGGAUGUGGUCUCAAAUGUCGUGUCACACAUCUGGAGUCGGUGCUAGCGCUAGUGAGUAAAUCUGACAUGAUAUUGAACUAUCGGAAUCAAACUGGUCAUGCCACGGAAUCAAAAUGUGUAUUAAAUAAUGUGCCAAUUGACGUGAUUGCAAUUCGCAAUGAAGAUGUUAACAAACAAAGCGCACAGUAUCAACUGCUGUUGGAUCCAGAAGCAGCGGGAGAUCAGUCUGAUCAAGUUAUUUACGAUGUGUGCAUAGGAAAUCGUGAAUGGAUGAGGAGAAAUGCUGUUGAUAUACCUCGACAGGUAGAGACUAAAAUGAUCGAACAAGAAGAACUAGGAUGUACAGCUAUUCUUGUCGCAAUUAAUGGUGUUUUGAUAGCGAAUGUUAAUGUCGCUGAUACUGUUAAAUCUGAGGCACAUCUGGCUGUUUAUACUUUGAAAAAAAUGGGAUUGGAGGUAGUGUUGUUAACUGGAGAUAAUAGAAAAACUGCAUCGUGUGUUGCCAGACAAGUAGGCAUUAACAAAGUAUUUGCUGAAGUACUACCGUCCCAUAAAGUUGCUAAAAUUCGUAGACUCCAGGAGCAAGGCUUUCGAGUUGUUAUGGUUGGCGAUGGUGUUAAUGACAGUCCAGCAUUAGCACAAGCAGAUGUAGGAAUUGCUAUUGCCUCUGGGACUGAUGUUGCUGUGGAAGCUGCUGAUGUUGUUCUGAUGAAAAAUGAUCUGUUGGAUGUUGUCGGGUGCUUAGAUCUAUCAAGAAAGACUGUAUUCAGAAUACGACUCAAUUUCUUAUUCGCUAGUAUUUACAAUUUACUUGGCAUUCCAAUAGCAGCUGGACUAUUUAGUCCUUUUGGGUUCUAUUUGGAGCCGUGGAUGUCUUCUGCUGCAAUGGCCAUGAGUUCUGUUUCUGUAGUUGCCAGUUCAUUAAUGCUCAAAUUAUAUCGCAAGCCAACUAGGGCCCUUUUGGAAACUUCCGAGUACCUGGAAAAUCUCAAAGCAUAUAAUGCCGUGACGAGUACUCAAAUAGAUGCUGAAGAGUCCCCUAUUCUACCGAUGCGCACAGCCUCAACGUUGUCCAGACUAUUCGGAAGGACAAAGGACGAAGUUGAAGGACCUCUUCUCGGUGAAGAUACACCUGGGUUCACGGUCGAUUUUGCCGGUCAUAAAGUUGAAUCUACCAAUGAAAAUGUAUCAUAACGCACAAAUGUGUGAUCACAGCAAAUGACGACAAAACUUGUUUCAUUAUUUGUUAAUUUCAUGAAUGCAUAUUUUUUAAUUCGUACUUAAUGCAUUUUCCAUUUAGACAUGAAAAAAGAAAAUAUUUAUCUGAUGUUGAUUAAUACUCCAUGAAGAGUAAGAGAGAUGAAUUAUUCUGGGAAUUUUGUAUUUACUCUAGGCCAAUGCAAGUUUUGUAUACUAUAAAAUUAAUCGAAAUACUUUCUUAUUCUUGUAUUUAAGUAAUGUAUAUAGGUAAAAAUAAAAAACCGAAAAAUAAUUUGAUUGUAUAGUGUGAAAUAAAGAUUAUAAGUUCAUA